CGACAACUUCCGCUCUUCACCUCAGUCGACCUGCUCCCACUUCCGCGUUCGCUGCUAGCCGCUCUCCAACCAACCUCAACCUCCCAUUGAUCCCAAGCAACGCAUUUCCAACAAUCUCGACUUAACUCACAAAACCAUGGGCAACAUCUGCGGCAAGACCGAGCCAGAGCCGGACGCUCAAGCCGGACGCCGCCUCGGCUCAGCUCCACCUCCGGGCCCGAAAACCGCACGCGUCCCCCAGAAAGUCGGAGGUCCUCCGCGAACCCUCGGCGGCGCAGGUGAUGAGUCUGGCGGCGGCGACCCGGCUGAUGCGCGGAGAAGAGCUGCCGAGGCCGCCGAGGCACGCGCAAAAGCUUCCUCCAAAGGCGGAAAGCUCCAGUCCCAGCUCAAUGCGCAAAAGAAGAAGAACCUAUCGAGCACCCUCGCCGAAGCAAGCAACCAGGAACUGCGCGCCAGAGAAGCGGACGAGGCCGCCCAGGCGCGAAACUGGGAUUAGCAACCGAUCGCGACCACGAAUUCUACCUAUCUACCAAACAUACUUACCUAUAAAAGAGGCUGGCAAUACUAUAUUGCAAGUAGCAGGACUGCGGAAUGCGAGAGUAGUCCUUUAUUCGGAGUUCUUUUCUUUUCUUUCUUAGCCGGGGUGGUUCAGUUCUUUCUUCUCCAGAUACCCUUCGUUGCUCUGGAGCAUACAGCUUGGAUUAGAUACAUGUCUCAAUGCACACUUCCAGACAAGCAUGCGACAUUACUGUUGAUACAACACAUUCCUGUAUAUAUACA